AUCAAGAAAAUCAAGAAAAUCCUCUCUGUUUCCAUCUGGAGAGCAAGAGUCCUCCAAGUCCAAUUCAUAGUUUUCCACAAUUCAAUAUUUGGAUUUUUGGAAGUGUUUCAGGUAUCAUCUUCUUGUUCAACGUCCCUCUUUCUCAGAUACACAGGAACAGAAAAACAGAGAGAGGGAAAAUAAGAGAAAAAUCAUAAAGAAGAACAAGAAUUUAGAAUGGAAAGCAUACCGGGCUGGCAAUUAAUUUUUCUUGGUGGAAUAGCAACAUGGAUUGUGUUUUCUUCAAUUCUCAAUGUGACCCAGAAACUCAGAUCUCUUACACAGCCAUUGGUUUCUCGCUAUGUAAUGUCUGGUACUUCCAUUGUUCUCAAGAUCCAGAAAUACGAGCAUAGUUUUUUGGAUGCAUUAUUUUCUGUACUGUCUUGUGUAGUUUCUGUGCCUUUCUACACUGCCUUUCUUCCUUUGCUCUUCUGGAGUGGGCAUUGCAAAUUGGCUAGGCAGAUGACUCUUUUAAUCUCCUUUUGUGAUUAUAUGGGAAAUUGUAUAAAGGAUGUGGUAUCAGCACCCAGACCAAGUUCGCCACCUGUUAGGAGAGUAACAGCCACCAAAGAUGAGGAAGAUAAUGCAAUGGAAUACGGAUUACCUUCUUCACAUACUCUUAAUACUGUCUGCUUAUCAGGGUACAUGUUACACUACAUCCUGUCAUACACUGGAAGCGAAGAUGUCAGCACAGAAUUAAUGGGGUUUGCCCUGGUUUGUUUGGUUGUUGGUCUUAUUGGCGUAGGAAGGAUUUACCUGGGGAUGCACAGCUUGAUCGACAUUAUUGGUGGUCUAGCUCUUGGAUUGGGGAUCCUGACAUUGUGGCUUUGUGUUGAUACGUACAUAGAUGAUUUCAUAGUUUCGGGACAAAACGUUGCGUCAUUCUGGGCUACGCUUAGCUUCUUGUUACUCUUUGCUUACCCUACGCCAGAGCUUCCAACUCCAAGUUAUGAGUAUCACACUGCCUUCAAUGGUGUUGCCUUGGGAAUUGUAAUUGGGAUACAGCAAACAUAUCACCAGUUUCACCAUGAAAAUGUUCCGCGCAUACUGACAUCUCAUCUUGGGCUUCAUGCUUUUGUGGGUAGAAUUCUUGUGGGAAUCCCAACAAUACUUCUCGUGAAGUUCUGUAGCAAGGCUCUGGCCAAAUGGAUUCUUCCCAUUCUCGCUUACACUUUGGGAAUCCCUGUAAGAUCGACUAGCUACAUACCAGCAUUAAAUGGUACUGAUAAAAGGUCGGAUCUUAAGCAACCCAGCUAUGUCCAAAAAUUGUUAUUUUUCUCGAAGCAGACCUCAUAUGACGUUGACACCAGCAUAAGGCUCCUUCAGUAUGCUGGUCUUGCCUGGUCUGUUGUAGAUCUUGUUCCUUCUCUAUUCUCUCACCUAGGCCUGUGAUGCUUGGCAUGUAUCAUUUGCAUGAAGGAAACCUCAUUUUUCUUUGGCAAUUUUUUGUCUUUUUUUUUUUUUUUUUUUUUUUUUUGAGUGCGAGGUGGGGGGUUUCUUUGUUGGACAGUAUUAUAUAGAAAAUAUUGCUGCUAUAUCUGUA